GUCUGGAGCCCGGGGCUGAUGGCGGGGCGUGGGGCUGGGAGGAGGACGAGAGCAGACUCGUUCUCUGUAGCUUCCUCCUUCUCCAGCUCCUCCCAGAAAUCAGCUCUCCUUCCUUCUCUCUUGCACACUUGUGCACUCGCGUGCACACACUCACUCUCUUCUUUCCCCCCGCCUCCCGGCGGCGGCUGGAGGCGGGCCGGCGGGAAGCUGGGGUAGUCCGCCUGGAGGGCAGCGCCGAGCUCCAGCCAAGGUGAAAGAGGAGGCGGCUGAAGCAGGGAGGAGGAGCCCGAUCAGCGGACCGACGGACAGACAGAAAGACUGCCGGGAGAGCGGCCCCAGGAGCGAACCGGCUGCGCAGGGCAUUAAGGAGCCACUGAAGAUAGUCAUGAGCCAGGAUGUGAAGCAGCCAGACCUGUACUAUAGGGGGAUUAUCUUGGCAGCUGGGUGGAAGAUGGAUUACCUUAAUUAGGCAAUUUGGAAGCUGUGAUUGGCCCCUGUGAAGAGGGGAGGAGACAAGAAGCCACUAUAAAAGGCCCUGUAUUUGAGGCUAAAGGGAAGUUGACUCCAAGGAAUUGGACUUCAAGAAGGAAGUCAGCUUAAGGAAGAAGAUUGGCUCAAGGAAAAUAGUUGGUCUUGGGAGUCACCUUCAGCUUGAGUCUUGACCUGCCUCUUGGAGGGAACUUGGGCAAAUCUUGAACCCAAGACUUUAGCAUGAAGGACUGUUGGCAGGUAUCCCCUGAAUUGCUUCUGGUAACAGCUGAUCUUUUGGUGAAGAAGAGAAGUUCAGGAUUUAUUUGGAGGAUACUUGAAGUUAUCUCUUGAAAGCUCACUUAGCCUGUUGUUUUGCCUUACUUUGAAAACAAACACACCAGCUAACGUCUACCUGUUCAGUGUUUGUAUGUGGCAAUGAUGGCUCAGUCCAAGGCCAAUGGCUCCCACUAUGCCCUGACUGCCAUCGGGCUAGGCAUGCUGGUGUUGGGGAUCAUCAUGGCGGUGUGGAAUCUCGUCCCAGGAUUUAGCCACUCGGACAAACCAUUGAUGCAUGGGAACAGCAGCAGCCCCGGUGGUAGUAUCCUUAAGAGCAAGACAUUCUCUGUGGCUUAUGUGCUGGUAGGUGCUGGGAUCAUGCUCCUGCUCCUUUCCAUCUGCCUGAGCAUCCGGGACAAGAGGAAACAAAGGCAAGGGGAGGAGGAGAUAGCCAGAAUCCAGCAUGAAGCAGCUGUCGGAACUCAGACCCAAGAAGAAGAAGACAGCCAAGAAGAGGAGGAAUCCCACUCAAGAUAUUAUGUCCCCAGCUAUGAAGAAGUGAUGAAUACCAAUUACUCGGAGACGAGAGAAUUGGAACAGAACCCUGGGAUGAACAUGUCUCUCCCAUCCUACGAGUCCCUGACGGGGCUGGACGAGACGACUCCCACGACAACCCGGGCCGACACCGAGACCCACCUGCCAGACAGGCAGAACUCCAGGCUGGCCAAACGCCUGAAGCCCCUGAAAGUCCGAAGGAUUAAAUCAGAAAAGCUUCACUUGAAGGAUUUUCGAAUCAACCUGCCAGAGGGGAACCACCCUCCUCCCACAAUAGAACCUUUGACUCCUCCUCCUCAAUAUGACGAGGUCCAAGAGAAAGCAGCAGCUGAUACUCGGCCGCCGAACUGAGCUCCCGAUGGUCCUGGGGCAUCACUGCUCUGGGCUUUGUUUUGCCAAGAGAUUCCAAUGAGCAGGAAUGGCUUACUUUUAAAACUGAUGGACCCCCAUAUAUGUGUAUCAUAUUAACUUUGGUGGGAAGGGAGGACAGAGGUCAAGGAAUGAGAUCAAGAGCCAGAGGGUAGCUGGGUAACUCAGUGGAUGGAGAGCCAGACUUGGAUACAGGAAGUCCUGGGUUCAAAUCUGGCCUCAGACACUUCCCAGCUGUGUGACCCUGGCCAAGUCACUUGACCCCCAUUGCCUAGCCCUGACUGCUCUUCUCCUUGGAACCAAUGCACAGUAUUGAUUCUAAGAUGGAAGGUAAGGGUUAAAAAAAAAAGAGUACUAGGUCAGACUGACAUUCCACAAAAACUUACAUAGCAGAGAGAUUUGAAAGAAACCCCCAUCUUAGAUAUCUCUGUUUCUCGGUUGAAAUGGAGGGACCUAUUUUGGAUCUUCAGUAGCAUCCCUUCUCAAUCCUGAGUUAUUAGUAAGAAUCACUCCUCUUUCCAUAUAGGAAAGGAAAUAUAUAUAUAUUUUUUGACUUUUGAGUGUUCGUGUGUGUUUUCGUUUUCCCAGUAGAAAUGUCUUUUUUGUUUGUUUCGAAGAGAAAACAGGAAACGUCUCUGCCGUCACAAGCAUUUUGAAACGUUAGCAGCGACGUGCAAGGGAUUCUUUUGUCACCAGACUGGCCUGGCAGCCAUAUGAAAGUGGUUCAGGGGCCUGCAAGCCAGGGCUUGGGCUUGGAAAGCCCCUGAAGCUCUCACUUUGAGGACCAAAGGUCUGCCGGGCUGCCCACUGCGGACAGGUACCGGUCUGUGUGGGCCCAUUUCUCUCCUCUCUCUUACACGACUGGGGAGGACCAAAAGCAAUCCUCACCCAAAGUGCAGCCAAGAUGCUCGAUGUUUUCAAAGGCUUCUUCUAAAAACUGUGCAAUGGAGUUUGUUUGUUUGUUUGUUUGAAUAAUAAAAAUCAUUUUAUAUGUAGUA